CGAGGUGCUACAGUUGGUUGCGCGGUCGAUACCACUAAAUUCUGAACUGACCUCUAUUGUGACCUCCUAAAUUUAGUAAACAUUGAUGACAAUAAUUAUCGGGGUGGUUCGCGAGUGUUCUUAGUGGUGGUGUCAAUUCAUAGAUUUAAUCUGAAAGGUGGUCCAAGUUCUGGUGAAGAUUAAUUUUUCGUGUGGAGAGCCAAACUGACUUUCAAUGACCUACCGGAACCAUGGCCAACCGAGACCGCCCAACCACCUGACCGCCCGCCGCUGAACCACCCCUAACCAAGAUGUAACUCAAGGCUGACGCGAUCUGCCGCACCAGUCGCCCCCGAUGGGUGCCAACAUGGGCAAGAAUGCAUCGCUUCUGGACGCUCUGCCCUCGGGCCAAGGCACCCUGCACGUGGUGAUGCUGGGGCUGGAUUCUGCCGGUAAAACCACCGCCCUCUACCGGCUGAAGUUCGAUCAGUAUCUAAACACCGUGCCCACGAUAGGGUUCAACUGCGAGAAGGUCAAGGGAAUGGUGGGGAAAGCCAAAGGCGUCAACUUCCUCGUCUGGGACGUCGGAGGCCAGGAAAAACUCCGUCCGCUGUGGAAGUCCUACACGCGCUGCACCGACGGAAUCGUCUUCGUCCUCGACAGCGUCGACGUCGAGCGCAUGGAAGAGGCCAAGAUGGAGCUGGCCCGCACCGUGAAAGCCCCCGAGAACUGCGGCGUUCCUGUCCUCGUCCUGGCCAACAAGCAGGACCUGCCAGGCGCCAGGGAGCCCCGCGAGCUCGACAAGCUACUCGGCCUGACGGAGCUGGGCAGCAGCCACCUAUGGCACGUGCAGCCCGCAUGCGCGAUCACUGGGGACGGGCUGCACGAGGGCCUCGAAGUGCUGUACGAGAUGAUACUCAAGCGGCGGAAGCUGGCGAAAGAGAGAAAGAGGAAGUGUAGAUAGGGAGAGUGCGCGAGCUCGAGACGCUGCGUGGUUUGACAGACACCUGUUGCUGUUUAUGAUUCAGUAGAGGUAGGAGGAAUGCACAUAGGCCACAUAGGGAGUGCUGUGAAUUCGCGUGUGCACGAUUACCGAGAACAGAGACCUGCGCGGAGUGUGCGAUCUCGUUAGCUCGAGACGCUGCGUGGUAUGAGGAACAUCUGUUGCUGUUUAUGAUUCAGAAGAGGUAGGAGAAAUGCACAUAGGCCACAUAGGAAGUGCUGUGAAUUCGCGUGUGCGCGAUUACCGAGAACAGAGACCUGCGCGGAGUGUGCGAUCUCGUUAGCUCGAGACGCUGCGUGGUAUGACGAACACCUGUUGCUGUUUAUGAUUCAGAAGAGGUAGGAGAAAUGCACAUAGGCCACAUAGGUAGUGCUGUGAAUUCGCGUGCGAGCGAUUACCGAUGACUGAGACCUGCGCGGAGUGUGCGAUCUUGUUAUCGCGAGAUGCUGCGUGAUAUGACGUACACCUGUUGCUGUUUAUGAUCCAGAAGAAAAAGAAAUUGAUCAGAGAAACAAAAUGCACACAGAGAGUGCUGUGAGUGCAUUGAGAACUGAAGGCUGUCCAAGGCGCGCGAGCGUGGCGAACUCAAGAAGCUGCUAGGCUGGUUAGACAUAUGUUGCUGUUUAUGAUCCAGAAGAGGUGGAAAGUUACGAUUGACGAAGUAGCACAUAGGGAGUGCUGUGAAUUCGCGCGAUCACUGAGAUCUGCGCGGAACGUACAGACCUCGCUAUCUCGAGAAGCUGUGUUGUUUGACGGUCACCUGUUGCUGUUUAUAAUCCAGAAGAGGUAGAAAAUACGAAGUAGCGAAAAGGGAAUGCUGUGAAUCCACGAACUCGCGACGCUUGUUAUGAUGGGAGAAGAAGAGGAAGUGCAAGCUGUUAAUGCGCUUGUGCGCUGUUACCGAGAAUGGAGCCAGCGAUGGGCUGUUUUUGAUCCAGAAGACGUGAAAAUUGGCAGAGGAGAGGAAGAGGGAGUGCUGACAAGGAGUGCUGUGAAGGAUGAAUGUAUAAGAUAGUUUGAAUUAGGAUUCUCUAGGGGAAUUUUUACGAAACACGACGCACAAUGGUUUUAUUACUUUGCUAGGGUACAUGUUCUGUGGGGUACAUUUCGAAGCCAAAACUAAAACUCAACGUUGGCAGCUAACUGUAGCCAGAGCCGGAUAAGUCGAAAGAUAAAGUAGGUAGUUGCCUAUAUAGCCCCAGUGCCUCUUCUGAACCCCAGGGCCCGAAUAAAAAUAUAUAGUUACAAUUACUGGAGAAGAUAAUUGUGCUACUUUCUUACAUUGAUUGAGAGUGUGAAUUCUAUGACUUUAUCCGAAAAGGAAUGUGAAAUAUAGUUCAAUGAAGAUAUGUAAAUUUUUUGAAAAAUUACGAACGUAAACGAGCAUAUGAAUAUAAAAAAUAACAAUAUCAUUCAAAAUUUCGAGACUACUGCGCAACUCUUGGCGUCGAAUUUCAUAACCUUAAAAUUAUGAUUGACGUUUCGAUAGUUACUUGGUGUCCGCCAAAAUUAUUCCCAUUUCUGAAGUCUUUUUAUUAUAAUGGCAAAUGAGGAUGGCCCACUGAUUGAUCGCAUUUAGUUUUUAUACUUAAAAUACCAUCAAAAUAAAUGAUUGAUUUUUAUACUAGUCAAGUUUUGUUCGAGUGCCAAAAUAUCAAAUUCGUUGAAAUUCUGCAGGUGGCUUAAAAACUGAAAAUGCAACAACUUUUUCAUUCAACGUUAACAAGUAACAGCAGAAAUCAAGAAAACACAUUUUUCCCUUGAAAGUCACUGCAUAUCUAGUGAGAACGUGAUGCUCAUGUUGUAUCUUUUGUUGUUAUAUCAAUAGCCGCUAUGAUGGAGUGUUUAUGAACUGUCAACAUCGCAGUGGUUUAUGACAUCCAAAGGCAUUUACUUACUAAUAACACUACGAGGUUUUUUGAAAUUUAGAAUUUGGCUCCGAAUUAUAUUCCGAUGGAAUAGAAUAAUAUCAAGUAUAAGUAUUUACAUAAAAAAUUGCGAAAAUGUGAAAUAGUGUGUUUUGUGAAGGUUUGCCUGAUUUUAUAGUGUUUUUAAUAAUUUUUGCAACUGAAAACGAAUUCUACAUGGUACAAAAUUGAAGUAAGUCAAUUGCAAUUUAGAAAUUAGGAUAACGAACUCGAAUUCAAUAAGGCAGAGCCUAGUGAUAUACAUUUUAGAUACAAAAUUUCCAAAUCCAUUCACAAAUUCCGUAUAUGGUAGUCCUGUACGCGAGGGUGUACACCUAACUAUAAUGCUAUAUCACAAAGAGAGAAACUCAAAGUCAUUACCACAACUAGUUCAUAAAAUGAACGACAAUGGUAGAUAUCGAGAGGAAAACAACUACUUUCCUGGCUAUAUGCCACGCAGAACAUUGCAUUACAUCCUCCCGAAACCUAUGCGAUAGUUCGUAUAAACGAAUAAAAUCGCAAGUGUUUCCUUCCUAAACGCUGAGCUGCGCUUAAGUGGUUCAGGAACGCUGACUACCUGCAGACCGGUUUCGAGCUCUUGGCUCUCAUCAGUACAGGGCUGUCCCAGAUAGCUUCUUGACCGCUAUCUGGUGCGAACCUGACCUAACGUAAACGCAUCUCAGCAUUUAUACCAUACGAGGCGUACGACGUCUGCGAAAUGAAAACGCGAACGCCGAACGCCACCUG